GAAAUACUUGUCCACGAUAAGGCCACAACAAUCUUCGUUUCCAAACACGUUCCAAUUUCCCCAUCUGCGUCUCUCUGUUUGGCUGUGUUUGCCCAAAGCAUCCGUACACUCAACUUGCCUGCAGAAGAAGCUUUUUGCAGAUCUCGAAACUCCCUCUUCUUUGAACUGACUAGCCGGAGCUCUAUCGGCCAUGGGUGUCCCAGCCUUCUACCGGUGGCUCGCCGACCGGUACCCGAGGUCGAUCGCCGAUGUGGUCGAGGAAGAGCCAGUCAAUGGCCCUAGCGGUGUCCUUCUGCCGAUCGACGUCUCCAAGCCCAACCCUAAUGGAAUGGAGUUUGACAACUUGUAUUUGGAUAUGAAUGGCAUAAUUCAUCCGUGCUUUCAUCCUGAAGGCAAGCCUCCACCCACUACUUAUGAUGCUGUAUUUAAAUCCAUUUUUGAUUACAUUGACCAUCUCUUCUCAUUGGUUCGCCCAAGAAAGGUUCUUUACAUGGCAAUUGAUGGUGUUGCACCUAGAGCUAAAAUGAACCAGCAACGUUCUCGACGUUUCAGAGCUGCAAAAGAUGCUGCUGAGGCCGAAGCUGAAGAAGAAAGAUUAAGAAAAGCGUUUGAAGCCGACGGGCAAACCUUAUUGCCUAAGGAGAAGCCUGAAACAUGUGAUUCUAACGUUAUCACCCCUGGAACUCAAUUUAUGGGAGUGCUCUCAGUAGCACUUCAGUAUUAUGCGCAAUCAAGAUUAAAUCACAACCCAGGGUGGAGGUUUACGAAGGUUAUUCUAUCUGAUUCAAAUGUUCCUGGUGAGGGAGAACACAAAAUUAUGCAAUACAUUCGCCUACAACGCGAUUUACCUGGUUUCGAUCCUAACACUCGACAUUGUCUGUACGGUCUGGAUGCAGAUCUGAUUAUGCUUAGUCUAGCAACACACGAGGUUCACUUUUCAAUCUUAAGAGAGGUAAUAAUGCUACCUGGGCAACAAGAAAAAUGUUACAAUUGUGGCAAAGUUGGUCAUUUAGCAGCUGAGUGUCGUGGAAAGUCUGAUGGACCAGAAGAUUGUAAUGCAGCCGAUGAAACUCCGAUUCAUAAGAAGAAAUAUCAGUUUCUCAACAUUUGGGUUUUACGAGAAUACUUGCAGUAUGAAUUGGACAUUCCCAAUCCACCUUUUGAGAUUAAUUUCGAGCGGAUAGUGGAUGAUUUUGUGUUUUUGUGUUUCUUUGUUGGCAAUGACUUUCUUCCACAUAUGCCGACCUUGGAGAUAAGAGAGGGUGCUAUUAAUUUACUGAUGCACAUAUAUAGAAAGGAGUUUCCUGCUAUUGGUGGUUAUCUUACUGAUGCGGGUGAGGUUUUGUUAGAUAAAGUGGAGCAUUUUAUCCAAGCUGUAGCUGUACAUGAAGACCAAAUCUUUCAGAAAAGAGCCCGGAUUCAGCAGGCACAGGAGAAUAAUGAAGAAAUGAGAGGUAGAGCUCGGAGAGAGAAUGGACCUGCACCCCCACCUCUGACAAUUGACAAGAUCAAGUUAGGGGAGCCUGGAUACAAGGAGAGGUAUUAUGCCGAGAAGUUCAAUGCUAGCCCAGAAAACAUUGCUGAAAUAAAACAAGAUGUGGUCCUGAAGUAUGUGGAGGGUUUAUGUUGGGUCUGUCGAUAUUACUAUUCAGGGGUUUGCUCUUGGCAAUGGUAUUAUCCUUAUCAUUAUUCACCUUUUGCCUCUGACCUUAAAAACUUGGCUGAUUUGGAGAUAACCUUUUUCAUCGGAGAGCCAUUUAAGCCUUUUGAUCAACUGAUGGGAACUCUACCAGCUGCAAGUUCAACUGCUCUUCCUGAGAAAUACAGGAACUUGAUGACUGAUCCGUCAUCGCCUAUCCUUGAAUUUUAUCCUUCAGACUUUGAGAUUGACAUGAAUGGAAAGCGUUUCCAGUGGCAGGGUGUUGCCAAAUUACCUUUCAUUGACGAGAGAAAGUUGCUUGCUCAAACUAGGAGACUUGAAAGCUCUUUGACGGAUGAAGAGAAGAAUCGGAAUAGUGUGAUGCUUGAUUUGCUUUAUACACAUUGUGCCCAUCCAUUAUCUGCACAGAUUUUCUCUUAUUACCAAGUUGCUAGUCAACUACCUCCACAUGCAAGAACUUGUUGGGUGAUUGAUACAAACGCCAGUGGUGGGAUGAAUGGAUACCUGUGGUUGUGUGAAAGAAAUGUAAUCCGUAAUGUUGUUCCAUCACCGAUCAACGGUUUGCCAGACAUCCAAUGUAAUCAAGUCCUAAAUGUUACAUAUCUUAAUCCCCAGAAGCAUAAACAUAUCCCUGAACCUCCGAAGGGAGCAAUCAUCCCGAAAAAGGUUCUAAGUUCCUUGGAUAUCAAACCGUUCCCUACAUUAUGGCACGAAGACAAUAAUUCCCGGCGCUAUCAUGGCAGAGAACGGCCCCAAGUACCUGGAGCUAUUGCAGGCCCUCUAUUGGGAGAAGCAGCUCAUCGUCUUGUCAAAAACACACUCAAUAUCAAACCUAAUGGCUCAUCAUCGGGAUUAUUUGAACAACCCUAUUCUCGCAAUUUCCCAGGACUGCCUAUGUUCUCUCGUCCACGACAAGUUGGAUCUCCAGGUUAUGAAACAGGGUAUGGUGAAGAUCCAAAUUAUAUCUACGGCCACUAUAGUAAUUACCAGAGUGCAUCAGGUAGACCAAGAUAUUCCCACUCUUCAAAUGGUAUGCCAGGUGACAGGCAAAGUUCCCGAGGAAAUGAUAGGGUACCGCAACAGGAACGAUACAAUGUGAGGACUGGAAUGUCUGCUUUGACGAUCGAAGAGAGUGUAAGGAAUCGAUCUCCUGAUGUUUUAACUCGUGGCCCUCCUCCCGUGAUGUUGCCAAAGAUGCUGAAGGUUGGAAACUCAGCAAAUCAACAGAAUUUUUCCCAGGCUACUGACGCUCUUCCUUCACCACCACACAAAUGGAUUAAUAGAGCGCCAAGUGCAAGCUUAAUAUAUACAAGACAACAAGAAAGUUUUCUGGGAGGGGUCAACGAGAAACAAUCGAAACAAGUGUAUCUAGCAAAGAGUCCAGCAUCCCAGAGCGGGUCAGGUUCAGGAAGCAGGCAGUAACUGUAGUUUGUUCGGUUCUUGUUGUUGGCUGUUAUUUAAGUUACCAUAAUGUGAAAAAAAGCACCUGCAGCAUUCCUCAAGUUGUACCUAACAUGGAUUUCAGUGAGGCAAACCCUAAUACAGGUGCUCCGGGGCAAGUCAUGCGAGCUGAUCAUUCAUUUGGUGGAAUCUCGUCUUGCAUUCUCAUCAUGAAAGUGACUUUAUUUUUUAGCGACCGGGUGCGACAUUUAAAGAUGGAACUAUUUGCAUGCAUGAACAGAUUCAAGCCAAAACAAUGGGUAAGAUCAUUUGAUGAAUUUUGUGCAUAUUGUACCAAUGAAUCAUUUCAUACUGUAGUGCACCUACAAGUCUUACCUCUAGAAAUUUCCCACCUUUGUUUGGGGUUUUGAAGAGGAAUUGUAGAGUAGACAUGUUUGAUUAUAGUGGAUCUCAUAGCACAGAAGAUACGUGUAGUUAGUUACUAGGUUGUAUUUGUACCUUUCCCCCCCUUUUCCCCUCCUGAGAAAGAAAAGAAAAACUAAACAUGACCAAAGAGACAAGGAUUCGACAUGUUUAUACCUUGACCAUAUUCUAUUUUCGUGCUUAUUGAAACUAUUUUUGAUUGAUGCCCGUUUUAAGACAUUCUAAAGCCUGUAAAGCUGCAUGUAUCAAGUGUUACAUGUUACUCUUCUAGUAAAAGUACCAGAUGCUUUUCGA